AUGUCGCCAAAUACGAAUCAAGCAACGCAAUUGAAUAACAGUCGCGGCCCCGCCGGCAGCGUUCGCGCCGCUGCCGGAGUGGACGGGGCUCAAGUCGAGCGCGAGCCUCAAGAGUCGCUUCGACAGGCUCGACACGUUUCUGCCAGUCACGAUCAGCAGCACGCCUCGACUGGUGCUUCGGCUGCCGGCUUUCAACAAUUCGCUCCACCGCGCAAAAUGCCGGGCUCCAUGUGGUCCGGUCGACGCGAGCCUGUGAGAGGGGUAGCGUCGCUUUCGCAGGGAGGAGAAUCCCAAACAACAACGAGGAGUAGAGGCGGACCGCUGCAAAGCACGGCCUCGAUCAGGGACACCCACGGAAACACAGUCGCGAGAUCACGCGGCGCCAUCAGCAAUGGAUUGCCCGCUGCUGCUGCUGCAGUGCCGAUCGUGCGAUACCAGCAAGGCGGAGAACCGAGUUACCUUCCGAUAUCACCACCCUCCACUCCUCCUUCAUCACCUCCUACCGCCUAUCACGACAUGCUAGGUCGCGCUCGCCAGCUGACUCUUUCUGACAGUGGUCGAGCAGACGACGAGCGCCAGAUCGAGCUUGAUGAGCGGCGGCCCACGCCACGAACGGCAGACGCGUCCCAAUCGGCAACGCGCAGCGCUGAGGAUGCCUUGCUGAAGGCUGCUGCGGCAUCGGUAGCCACAUCAAGAGCGAAUGUGGACGCUUCGCAAGAUGCAAGCAGAAAUGGCUCGUCUUCCCAGGGAUUUGUCAGGCCUGAUGAGACUGGGCUCGACUCCACGCAGCGGAGGGCUGACAAGCACGGCAAACGACCCCAGCAACAGCCACCCCCUACGCAGCCUCUAAUGCCCAACACGCCAGAAGCUACACCAACGACCAUGUCGCCUGCCGAAGGUUUGCUCCGUCAUCAGCCAACUGCAAGUGCCUUUGAGCUGCUGCAGUCAAUCUAUCCGCUGUUACCUUCCGCAUCUUCCCCUCUUGGUGUCGCUCAAGAUGCGGGUGUGGAGCUUGUAUGCAGCAAAUGGAAAGGAGCGGUGUUAGAUGAGGAUGGAGGAACGGGUACUACAUCAUCACGAUCGCUACACGUCCUCAUGCCAAACGACAUCAGAGCAGGCGGGCCUCUGCGAGAUGAGAUCUUGGCCCUGCUGGAUCUGGCAUCCGAAAGACUGGCGUGUGGAAGGGUGAUCAUAGCUAUGGAGAGGAGCGAAAUGGAGGAUUUUCCCACCACUCUGCAUGGGCUAUGCUACGUCGGCGCUCAGGUUGUCUCGGAUGCUGGUCACGCCCUAUUGGUACCUCGCGAUGGCGUCAUCUUGGCGGGCAUCGACCUGAUGUGA